AGGUUGAAAGAAAGAAAGAAAAAAAAAAGAAACUGAAAUGGAAGAGAAGAGAAGACAGGGAAAGUGAGGAGGAGAUAGAUAGAUCUCGAAUCCCAAUCCCAAUCCUAAUCCUAAUCCUAGAUGAUGAUGAUGAUGAUGAUGAUGAUGGGGCGGAAGGGGUUUUAUUUGUCGGUUAUAUGGUUUUUGGUAAGCCACGUGGUAUUGAAGAAAUGCGAUGCCAUUUGGAUGAAAGUACCGGCCACCGGUACCAAGUGCGUGUCGGAAGAACUCCAGAGCAACGUCGUCGUUCUAGCUGAUUACGUCGUCGUUCCCGAAAACGAUCACCCCCACCUCACUCCCACCAUCGCUGUCAAGGUGACAUCACCAUAUGGAAAUAAUCUUCAUAAUAAUGAGAACGCAACAAUUGGACAAUUUGCUUUUACAACUAAGGAGGCUGGCAACUACCUGGCAUGUUUCUGGGUGGAUGGACAUAACCAAGGAGGUGGAGAUUUAAGUGUAAACCUUGACUGGAGAACUGGAAUUGCAGCAAAAGAUUGGGAAUCAGUUGCAAGAAAAGAGAAGAUUGAGGGUGUUGAACUUGAACUGAGGAAACUUGAAGGAGCAGUGGAGGCAAUUCAUGAGAAUUUACUCUAUCUCAAGACCAGAGAAGCAGAAAUGAGGAUGGUGAGUGAAUCAACAAAUUCCAGGGUGGCAUGGCUCAGUAUUAUGUCCCUGGGUGUCUGCAUCGCAGUUUCGGCUUUACAGUUAUGGCACUUGAAGCGGUUCUUUCAAAAGAAGAAGCUUAUUUAGAUGUUGCUUAUUUAAUUUUCUGUUGAUGAAAGAAGAGAUUCCAUAACUUUUUUUUUUGGUAGCUCAUUUUGACCUUAUAUGUGGUAGUAGGAAAAUUUUGAAACCGUUUACAGAGUUUCCAGAUUUUGAUAUCCUUCAGAAACGAUCAUUCUUCAUCCCGCAAUUGACAAGCACACUAACAUGUCGC